UGAUAAUAAUUUUAGCGAUAACUAAGUUCAAGAGCAAAAUCAGUCAAAAGAAUGGUUUGUAGUAAUAAACUUCUUAAUGUUUGCCUUUUUCUGCUCUUGCACAUAACAAUUGCCAAGAGAAAAUGGGCAAUCGAAGACGACAAAUGCAUCACAAAGAGUGGAGAAAUAGGAACUUGCAUUUCUCUCAAUUCUUGCAAACCACUUUUUGAUUCUAUUAAUACGUCCAUAUCCUCUAUUCAAAAAAUUUCUUCGUUGUUCAGAUUGCAUCAUUGUGGUUUUAAUGAUAAAGAGCCUAAAGUUUGCUGCGCUUACAAUAAGACUGACCUUUUACCAAAAGAGUGUGGGUAUUUGGAUACAAGUGGAAGGAUUGUGAAUGGAAGAGAUGCUUUGUUAUUUGAAUUUCCUUGGAUGGCUCUUUUGAUUUACAAAAAUAUUAACAGUGGUAGUAUCUCCGAGGGUACCUCAUUUAAAUGUGGAGGUACAAUUAUCAAUGAUAGAUACAUUCUAACUGCAGCUCAUUGCUUAAGAGGACUUACAAAAACUAAACUAAUUAAAGUUCGGGUUGGUGAGUACAACAUCGAGACACUCGAGGACUGUGAAGAAUCAGAAGAUGGACGAAUUUGUUCACCACCAUAUCAAGACCUACGGGUAGAGGAAGUUAUCUUUCAUGAGGAUUACAAUGUUUUAUUAUUCCAAAAUGACAUCGGACUUAUAAGAGUUCCAAAGAUGAACUUGUCUUUAGAAAAUAUAAGACCAGUUUGUUUACCACUUGACGACAACGCCCGUAACUACAAUUUUACGAAUAGAUAUGGUGUGGUUACAGGAUGGGGAGUUACAGAUGAGGCAACGGGUAGCACUAGUUCUACCUUGAAGAAAGUGCAAAUUCCUGUAGUGCCUCAUGAGGAAUGCGUUAAAAUGUAUCAAAACAUUACUAAAAUUACACAUCAACAGUUGUGUGCGGGCAGCACGACCAAUCGGAUCAAUGGUGAUGCUUGUGCAGGGGAUAGUGGUGGACCUUUACAUGUUUUAGUAAAAUUCGAUGGGGAUACUCGCGUUGUUCAACAAGGAAUUGUUUCGUUCGGUUCCAGGCGUUGUGGGAAAGAUAAAUAUCCAGGAGUGUAUACUAAGGUUGCACCCUAUAUCGACUGGAUUCUCGAUAACAUCAACCCUUAUGCAAAUUCGGGUUUAUGUGAUUACUUCUUGGAAGAGAUUCUGCGCACGCGUUACUUAAGUUUCGAGAGUACGAGAAGAAUGGCUCUUGAAUGGUUUAAACAAUUUGUUGUUUUUUUUCUUUGUCUUAUCCUUACUGUAUCCGUGCGAGACAAAAACAGAGUCCAGGUGAAAUGUCCCGAAAAACACAACUGUGUCCCCCUUUCACAAUGCGAGAUACGAGAGGCCGAUACCUUCAUCUACCCUUGCCACAGCGGUCUCAACAUGAUAUGUUGUCCUCAUGGCUCACACAAUGUUAAUACUACACUUCUGGAAAACCGGAAAACAUCUCUAUUUCCGGUUACUUGUGGCCUUGUUAUGGUCUCAGAUAAGGUCAGUGGUGGCAAAGUAGCAGAUUUGGGCCAGUUCCCUUGGAUGGCCUUGCUAGGCUAUCGACAAAAAGGACUCAACUAUACCCAAUUUUUGUGCGCCGGUAGCAUUAUCACUGACCAUUACAUCUUGACAGCCGCUCAUUGCAUAAAUCUGGACCGACGAUUAGAAUUAGUGCUGGUUCGAUUAGGAGAGCACGAUCUUUUGGCCGACAAAGAUUGUUUCACGAUUAAUAACUACACGACUUGUGCUCCACCUCAUGUAGAUUUCACCAUACAAGAAGUAACAGUUCACAAACAAUACAACACUCGAACUAUUCAAAACGAUAUUGCCUUGAUCAAAGUGAGAAGACAGAUUAGGUUCACAGAAUACAUCAAACCGAUUUGCUUACCUUUCGAGAGACACUUGGAACUCAAAGAUUUAGCCAAACAAAAACUCACGAUAAGUGGUUGGGGUAAGACCAAUGCUGCCAAUUUGGGCGGCUCUACAACCCUACAAUACACUUCUGUGUCGGUUUGGAACCACACAGCGUGCAAGAAGAGCGUUCCUCCUGAGGUACAACCCAUACAAAGCACCCAAAUUUGUGCCAAUGGACCGGCGAAAGAAGAUGCUUGCAAGGGGGACAGUGGAGGACCUCUAGUAAAUGCAACUACGGAUACAGGAGGGGAUUUGCGUUACUUCCAGCUUGGGAUAGUUUCUUUUGCAUCAAGUCUGACUUGUGGGGACCCAAACCUACCAACUGUGUACACGAGAGUAGACAAGUACUUGCAAUGGAUAGAAGAAAACGUUUCUUAAAUUAAGACUGAGUUAUAUUUGUUUUGUGUUGGGAUUAGUAAAUUAAUUUAAUUCGA